UGCCUCAUUGCGACUACUCUCUCUGUCUCUGUACAGAGGGCAAGCGCAUAAGACACCAUAUAUUCUUCAAGCUCUCUUCAGAUAAUCAAAGAGAAGGAACUUUUUCUUUGUUCGGUUGCCCAGCCAGAUCAUGGAUGUGGAGAAGGUCUUUCACAUGACAGGAGGUGUUGGCAACACUAGCUAUGCCAAGAACUCUUCCCUUCAGAAGAAGGCAUCUGAUAUGGUGAAGAGCAUAGCCAUGGAAGCGGUCCAACAAGUGUACCUGAGUCUCAUGCCAGAGAGCAUUGGAAUAGCUGACUUGGGGUGUUCCUCAGGACCCAACACACUGUCCCUCAUCAGGGAUGUGAUUGAGGUAGUGGAAGGGACAAGCCACAGGGUCACGAGUCCAACCCCAGAGUUCAGGGUCUACCUCAAUGACCUCCCCACCAAUGACUUCAACUCCAUCUUCAAGGCCUUGCCAGAUUUCCACAGAGAGCUCAGGGAGGCAAGAAGGAGAGAGGGCGGGCUAUGUCAUCCUCCUCUGUACAUGGCAGCUCAUCCUGGGUCCUUUUAUGGGAGGCUUUUUCCCAACAAAUGCUUGCACUUUGUCUAUUCAUCCUACAGUUUGCACUGGCUGUCAAGGGUCCCUCCAGCACUCUAUCGUGAGAACAGAGAACCAAUCAACAAGGGCACUAUCUACAUCUCUGAGUCCAGCCCUCCCUUUGUAGCCGAGGCUUACUUGCGGCAGUUCCAAGAGGACUUCACAUCAUUCCUCCGCUUGAGAUCUGAAGAGCUGGUGCCUGGAGGCAGAAUGGUGCUGAUCUUGCUGGGCAGGAGGGGCCCACACCAUUUUGAUAGAGGCAACUCUUUCUUCUGGGAGCUUCUCGCAAGAAGCGUCUCCAUGUUAGUUGCAAAGGGGGAAGUGGAAGAAGAGAAGCUGGAUUCCUAUGAUGUGCACUUCUAUGCGCCUUCCAAGGAUGAAAUGGAGCACGAGAUCGAGAGAGAGGGGUCGUUCCGAUUGGAUCGCUUCGAGAUGUUUGAACUUGAGAGGGAGGAGAAAGAUGGGGAAAGCUACGGAACAGCAGUGGCGACCACGGUCAGGGCCGUCCAAGAGUCCAUGAUCUCUCACCACUUUGGUGAAGGAAUUGUGGACAGCCUGUUUGAGAAUUAUGCACGAGUUCUAGAUGAAGAAGCGGCCAGAGAAGAAAUUAGGCCUGUCACUUUCCUCUUGGCUCUCACGAAAUCAUGACUGCACUGUAGUACCGAGGGCAAGCACUUGCCUCGACGGAUCGGGUCCAUCGCAGCCAUCAAUUAUGUGGUUCCACUAGACCGGAUCGAUGAAUUGUCUGGUAGUAUAAGAGACCCAGAACCUAGGAACUAGUUUUUGCUUUGUGCAUUGUGCUUUGUGCUUUGUGCUGUACUCACUGCUCAGUACUCUUGCAUCACGAAUUAGGAAUCUCUUGAAGCUCCAACUGCUUCUGCAUGAAA